UCUUUCUCCCAUUGUCCACAAUGGCUGAACGGCCUGAAGACCUGAACUUGCCCAAUGCUGUCAUAACUCGCAUCAUCAAGGAAGCGCUUCCUGAUGGAGUUAACAUUUCCAAAGAAGCCCGGAGUGCUAUUUCUCGAGCUGCCAGUGUGUUUGUGCUGUAUGCCACAUCAUGUGCCAAUAACUUUGCAAUGAAGGGGAAGAGGAAAACCCUGAAUGCCACAGAUGUCCUCUCAGCCAUGGAGGAAAUGGAGUUCCAGCGAUUUGUUGCCCCUCUGAAGGAAUCUUUGGAAGCUUACAGGCGUGAUCAGAAAGGCAAAAAAGGAGCAGUGGAGCUAAAAAAGAAAGACAAAGACAAGAAGGAAGAUUCUGAGGAUCCAGAUAAGAACCGGGAUGAUGAGAAUGAAGAUGAGGACGAAAGGAUGGAAGAGGAGGAACAAAAUGAAGAGGAGGAAGUGGAUAACUGAGCAGCUCGGUGACAGACUGCCAAGGCCAGGCAUCAUUUGCAUGUGGGAGGAAUGCUGCUG